AUGUUUCAUCGAAAGAGAAAAUCACCAUCAUUACGAAAUGUUCGCGGGUCGACCAAUUCAUUGGUAACAAAUGGUAUUCAAUUACCAUUAUGCAAUCGAGAAAACUACAACGUUUAUCACAAUAUACCGUCCACAAAUGAAUCUUCACUAUGGAUUGCAAUUAAAAGCCGACAAAAACGAACAUUACAAUCAAAUCGUGUGCGAACAACACGUUAUAAUAUUAUAACAUUUUUACCAAAAAAUCUUUUUAAUCAAUUUCAGCGUUUAGCAAAUAUCUACUUUGCCAUUUUAAUUGAUCUCAAUUGGGUGCCGCUACUCAAUACUCUCUCGGAAAAUGUAAAUACAGAUUCAACAGUUUUUUUGUUGUUAAAAUUCUGA